CAGUUUUACUAAAUCACGCGCUGUAAGGAGCGUCGGUUUUGGUUGAAUGAUUCCGCAGAGUCGGAGCGUAAAGAUGAGAGAUUUGAGUCGGUAAUUGCAUAAAUACGGUGGUUGUUGGAACCUUCGUGACAGAACGAAUGAUCUUUCUCUUCUAUGGACUUGAGAUGAAGUAGGGCCACCAUAACCAUAAUUCACAAACCAACUUCUCCUAUGGAAAAUCCCAGAUCUUAAUACGAGUUACUGAGUUAACUCGAUGUUAGAUUGAAGACAGUGACACUUUUUGAUAUUGCACCGUAGAUUUGUAUCUGAGAAGGUUCCCUACACCGAAUGAUCCUACUUUUGGCUGAAGGAUCGCAUCGAUUUCUAUCAUUUGAUUGAUCGAGCAGUACUUUCUCUAGUAUUCAGCACAAGCCAAUCAUUGUGUAGUGACCUGGUUAUCAUAACCUAGAAUGUCACAGGAGUUUCAGUCCACAGCCCAUAGUGGUGUGGGCAGUCAUAUAUUGCUUGACCAUUCCGUUCAGGCAGUAUGUUCUUUAUGCCAAAAGAUCCUUUCACAUGAUAAUGAGGCAGCUGGUGAUCUUGAAACGAUUGGCAUUUGUGGUGACUGUAAAUUUUUGUUUUCUGAAGAUCUGGAUACCCCAUCACGUGAAUCUCGUCGAAGGAGACUACCACGCCGAAGAAGAACCAGGUAUAGCAGUAGUGAGUCCUCAGAAAAUACUUUUUCCCAACAAUUCUCACAGGUGAUCAAUCUGGUGAGGCAAAAUGAGUCGACUAUCUCUGCAUAUGAGGAUUUGCCAGUAGAAGGUGAUCCUACCGGUAGGUUAUUGCAGCACCCGAGUUCCCGGAUUACUCCAAUGGGGUCUAGAAGAUGUAGGCGGGUGCUCAUUCCCUCUGAUACGAAAAGCGAAGAUUCCGAUAAUGUGGAUUCUUUAUUUGCUGAUAGUGAAUCUAAUGUCAGUUUUGGCUGGCACAAGGCAUUCCAAGGUGACAGUGAUGCCAUUUCUUGUAGCACUUAUGGAGGAGACUCUGAUGCUUCAGUAGAUCUCCAUGGUUUUCUGGACUCAGAGAUGUUUACUCAACCAAUUGAAGGUGGUGAGUUUGACAGUGAUACUGACAUUGAUCCAAUGCAUGUUGGGCUUAACAAUUGGAACUCUGAUGAUCUAGGAAGUGAAGGAGAAGCAGAAGAUGAAGAAGGUGAUGGUGAAUGGGAAGAAGUCCAUGCUGAGGAAGACAUGAUUCCACCUACAGAUGCCAGAUCUCAUAUAAGGAACUUUUCAUAUUCUAGUCGAAGUGGACAAAUGGGUCGUUCUUCUGAAUCCGAUGAUACUAUGCAUUGGGAAAAUAGGGAAGGCAAUCAAACAUAUACCCAUAACAUCUUUGCAAACUCAGAACAAGCUUGGAUGGCUGACGUUGGAGAGUCUACAAAUUAUCUUGAUGCGAGAGUCUUGGAAGAAUUCCUUCAGCAUCUGGUUGAGGAUGACAACUCAAGACUUGGAGUGCCUCCUAGAGAGGUAUCUUUUGUGAAUAGUCUACCUCGUGUGAUCAUUAAUGAGGAACAUGAGAAGCAGCUUGAUGGCUUAGCUUGUGCAAUUUGCAAGGAUAUGCUAGCCAUUGGUGUUGAGGUGAAUCAACUUCCCUGCAAACACCUUUAUCACCCUUCAUGUAUAUUGCCAUGGUUGCGUUCUCGAAACUCAUGCCCCCUUUGUAGAUAUGAGCUGCCAAUUGAUGAUAAAGAUUAUGAAGAGGGGAAGUGUAACACUACGAGUAGAGUGGAGAUCAGCACUCACCAUCUGAAUGUGACAGAGGACAGUUUCUCUAGCUCCUCAUCUGACAGGGCAGAGGAAGAGCUCGAAUUUAAUGAAGGUAGAUUAGAGCAGAGAGGGCUGCAGGAUGUGGAACCAGAAGCAAAUAGCUCCAGAAAGCAGAGUGGUAGGAGAAGAUGGUUUUUUCUUGCAGCAGCUCCAGUUGUCGGUCUUGUGGGCAUUGUUCUUGUCUUGUGGUUAGGAAACCUUGGAACAGAAAGAAGAGGAUUUUCCACCGCCCUCCGGCCCCUCCCCCAACAAAGCCAACAAAAUCUUCAAAUUAAUGGCUCCUUAUCCAACGGAAGGGAGAAUAGGAGCAGGAGAUGGUGGUCACUGUUCUAAAAAAUUUCUUUUAUGUUCUCUGAUAAAAUAUGUUAGUUUAUGCUGAUGCUUUUUCUUCCCAUCUUGUUGGUUUGAGACUUUUAUGCUAUCCUCACGGCUUAGAUUGGUUAACACCUGCAUGAUUUUUAAACUCUGACGUAUUAAAUCCAUGUUGUCUGCUUAAAUAUUUUUGCUCCUUGCAGUAGCAAUGCAAUGUGGGUUGGAGAAUGAGAAUUUGAAGACAAAAUUUAGUUUGAAUUUC